CUUGGCGCGGGGGGCGGCGCGGCGCGGCGCAACGAUCGGAGGCGGCCGCUGCCGGCUGCGGCUUGAGCGGCUAGUCCUGGCCUCGGAGACCUCGCGCUUGCCGCCCGGAGCCGCUGCUGGAAAGGGGGGCCGCAGGAUGGCUUUGGCAGACAACGCCAGCGGUGCCAGUCCCAGGGAGGGCUCAGCUUUCCCAGAGAUCGUGGAGCUGAACGUGGGUGGGCAGGUCUACCUCACCCGCCACAGCACCCUGAUGGGCAUGCCCGGCUCCUUCCUCUGCGAGCUCUUCAGCCAGCAGAGCGCCCAGGCCUUGGCCCGGGAUAGCAAAGGCCGCUUCUUCGUCGACCGGGACGGCUUCCUCUUCCGCUACAUCCUGGACUACCUGAGGGACCGGCAGCUGGUGCUUCCCGAGCGCUUCCCUGAGCGGAGCCGCCUGCAGCGGGAGGCCGAAUUCUUCAAGCUGCCCGAGCUGGCCAAGAGCCUGGCACCCAAGAUCAGCCAGCAAGACUCCCUGGGUGAGGAGCCCUGCGCCAGCGACCCCGAGGAGCUCUCCCCCAGCACAGAGGCCGCUCGCACUCUGGGGGCAGCUGGCGCGCUCUUGUCCAGCCUCCCUGGCAGCUCCCUGACCGCCACAGCUGGAGCCGGUGGGGGGCAGGAGGCCCGACGGUCCGGCUUCAUCACCAUCGGCUAUCGGGGCUCCUACACUCUGGGGAGAGACAGCCAAACGGACGCCAAGUUCCGGCGGGUGGCGAGAAUCAUGGUGUGUGGGAAGACCUCCCUGGCGAAGGAGGUCUUUGGGGAGACCCUCAACGAGAGCAGGGACCCUGACCGGCCCCCCGAGCGCUACACCUCCAGGUACUACCUCAAGUUCACCUUCCUGGAGCAGGCCUUCGACCGGCUGGCCGAUGCCGGCUUCAACAUGGUGGCCUGCAACUCCACUGGGACGUGCGCCUUUGCCCACGAACAGACGGACGACAAGAUCUGGACCUCGUACACGGAGUACGUUUUCCACCGCGAGUGACUCCCUGGGGCCCCAGCAAAAGCAAAGCGCCAAAGCCGGUGACCCCCCCCCCCCAUGCUCUGCUGAUGCCGGUUUCAUUUAGUGGCCUCUGACUUUGAGUCUCUUCCCUUCCAUGUGUCCAGCCUGAACCCAGCAGCUGCUGAGGGACGCCAACCCUUCUGCCCCACCUCAGCCCCUCCCGGAGCAGGGAUGCGGUAUGGCUGGGGGGGGGGCUGGGGGCCCUGCAAGAUUGUGCAGCAAUGCUCGGCUAGUUCCUGCCAAGUAAAGACCGGGGGAGGGGGGGGGCUUCAUUGCGGGCCUCGCAGGGGCACUUGGUAGCCUUGCAAUGAACUAAGUUCGGACUGACCUGACGGGAUGCCCUUGCCAGACGCCCUGCCGCCAGCGCCUUCCCCGUCCCUCCUCUGAGCAGCUUGGGUGCCAGGGCUGCUUUUGAAGGGCAGCAGAGCAAAAGCACUAAAACCCCUUGCCUCAUAUGACCACCUGGCAUGGCUAAAUAUACCCAUUUCCCUUGAUUGAAGUGGGGGUGACUGCGACCUCGGUGCCCAGUUUGAGGAGGUGCCAGGGGUCCCGGGGGCAGUGGGCUCUUUGCACACCAAAAGCCUCGCUCACUUUCUAAAGUGCCCCCUAAACUUUCUGUUAGAAAGAAGGAGCGUGUGGGGAGGGGGUGCAGGGUGGAUGUCCCUCGCCCAGGGUACAAGCAGCGCAUAUUCACCAACCUGGUGCUGUCUGGCAGAGCCCCACAUUAAGGGGCCACGUUAGGGUUGCAGAAAGCCUGACCUUCAGGGGAGCGUCUUGCUCCUAGCUGGAAGAAAGGCCACCUCAGGUGCGUGCCAGCAGAAGCCCCAGGUGCUUAAAGGCUGCCCUUGAGUGUCCUCCUCCCUCCCCCACAGCUGUUUGAGUUACAGAGGUGGGGAGGGGAAGUCUACAGGUGAGCAUUGUCCUAGGUGGAGGCCAGCAAAGCUCUUCACGGUGUAUUUUGAGCUGGGUUGCUCCUGUGGCAGGUUCAGGGGCCACACCUAAUAAAGGAACAAAAUAUC